CACACGGCACCGAUGAGUAUAUAUAUAUAUUUAGUACAAAUACGAUGGGAUUGAUAAACAGCUUGGAGCAGUCAUAAUGUAUUGUCUUUAUUUCGUAUUUGUUGUUCUGGCACUGCCAUACAUUAGCAAGCCAUGUAUUGCUAAAGCAGAACAACCGCACAUUGUUCUAAUAUUCGUGGAUGACCUUGGGUGGAAUGACGUGGAAUGGCACAACCCGGAUAUCAAGAUGCCCGUCUUGAGUAAACUCGCCGCUGAUGGCGUCAUAUUCAACCAAUCAUAUACACAUCCUACAUGUACACCAUCAAGAGCUGCUAUGAUGACGGGAAUGUAUCCGUUUAGAACAGGAAAUCAGCAUCAAAUGAUCUUCAACCUCCAUCCUAGUGGAGUUCCAUUGGAAUUCAAGCUAUUACCAGAAAAACUGAAAGAAGUUGGGUAUUUUACUCAUAUGGUUGGGAAAUGGCACUUAGGGUUCUGUAAGGAAGAGUAUCUACCAACCAGUCGUGGCUUUGACUCGCACUAUGGUCUAUGGACAUUGGGAGUCGGCCACUAUGAUAAAAUGAAUGGAGUAUUAUCGCCAUCAGAAGGGUAUGAUUUCCGUGACAACAUCGGAGUGGUACCAAAAAGUGAUGAAUAUCUGACAUUAAUGCUUGCAGAGAGAGCAGAGCAUAUAAUAAAUGGACAUUACAAUAAACAUCCACUAUUUCUUCAGUUUACAAUGGACAUCCCUGCAAAGCAUCUAGAGAUCCCAGAUACAUUUGAAGCGUUGUAUUGCGAUAUUGAAGAUGAACGAACCAGGAAAUUUUAUGGAAAGUUAUCUUUGAUGGACCAUGUAAUUGGUCGUGUGGUAGAUGCGUUGAAGGCACGUGAAAUGUGGGACGAUACGGUAUUGAUGUUCAUUGGUGACAAUGGAGCGUUAGCAUCUCAAGCCGGGUCUAACUACCCAUUCCGGGGUAUUGCUGGUACGCUGUUUGAGGGCGCCACUCGAGUUCCAUCACUUAUCCAUGGGAGUAUGUUGCGGGAGACUGGAUAUGUAAAUAAUGAGUUAUGGAACUUGGUUGAUUUGCAUAGAACGAUACUUGCAUUGGCAGGCGCUGAAUCUGGUUCUAUGUGUGAACUUGAUGGAAUGAAUAUGUGGGACACAUUCUCAAAAGGUAAAAAAUCACCAAGGGAAGAACACGUCUAUAAUAUAGAUGAUGAUCCGAUAUCCCCCGGUGCUGCUAUCAGGAUCGGAGACUAUAAACUGAUUACAGGACAUCCGGAUUUAUUGUAUCCAUAUCGCGAUAUCAGUUUAACAGAUGGUUGGUACAAUUAUGGUGACCCCCCAGCAAGCGGGUUGCCAAGUACAGAUCAAGAAGCAAACGCACCGCCCCCAUUGAACGUGGAAUACUUGUUCAAUGUCGUAGUUGACCCAUCGGAAAAAAACAACAUUGCCGAUCAACAUCCCGAUAUAGUACAGAAUUUACGUGAUCGACUGGAUGAACAUCGUAAACUACUAAUUCCGCCCGUAAACCAAACAACAGAGCUAGCCGGUGAUGCCGCGAAUUAUUGCGGCGUUUGGUCGCCUGGAUGGUGUUAGUUGCUACUCACACUACUAAACCUAUCACAUCACAGUGUUAACUAUUGAAGAUAUAUACGUAAUUUUUACUACCUAUUUUGACAUAUUCGAUGCAACACUAGUAAUCUGUCAAUUUACAUCGUAAAUGUGAGUCAUCAUGACAAGCACUGCCGCCGUCACAUAUAUACGAACAAAAUAAACCAAACUAAUGCAA